AUGGAUUCCGUGUGUAUGAACGAGAUCAAAGGCGUCUCCCUUUUCAUCUUGAAAUGGGUCUUCAGUCUCUUCAUCGCUGGCUACGGCCAAAUCCUUCAUUUGAUCUCCUGGGCUGCUUCCCUCCCUAUCCCCACCAAAGUCCUUAUUGUCAUCAUCCAACACGCCCUCUGCAUCGCGCAUAUGGUACUCCAAGACUCGAUUCGCGCGUGGAACCACGGCACCGAGAAUUGUGUGCUUGUUCCGCAGACGCACACUGACAACCUCACGGAUACCGACAUUAGCGAUCCAAAGCCCAGGAUUCCUGGUACCUGGCCAGAGAAAUCGUCUUCAGACUCGCCCAAACCCCCUUCGCCACCGGAUCAGGCGGUGUGCGACCCUGAAAUCCCCCCCGAUGAGCAAGUCGCGCGUCUCAAGGCCGAGCACAAGGAUGAGUUUGCCCUAUGGAGAGCGAUCUAUGAACGACAGCUCAAGGCCAAGAACGACGAGAUCAAGCGUCUCAAAUCAAUGACUAUGAACCAUCUUAUCAACGGCAAACAUCGCAAUCGCCGGCUUGCUGUGAACAAGGAUUUACUGCCCGAAGUGGUUCAGAAAAGACUUCACCCCUAUGGUCGUUCUGUUCACACCGUCUCCGCAAGUCCCCGACAAGAGGAAUUCAAGCCUCAAGAUUUUAUCCAAUCCCGACGCGAAUUGACUUCGAGCAUCCAAGAGAUCAUCAACGCCUAUCAUGAAUUCAAACUAUUGAAUUUCCUAACGAGCCUAGAGCUGGUAAUGGAGUAUCGCGAGAAGCAUACCGUUCGGCCUGUUCCUGAGAUCUUCAACAUCAAUACAGGUAUAGCUCAGGCCAAUGCAUCGACUCAGACGUCCGACAAUUCACCUCAGGUAGACGAAUCCACCCAAUCCUCGAGCAAGGCGGCUCAGGUUGAUCAGUCAACGCAGACUUGUGGUAAUGCGACCCAGUCUUUCUCACCUCUGGAAAUCUCGCCGCUCACUCCUUCGCCGCUCACAACCCUUUCUUUCUCACCUCUGGAAAUCUCGCCGCUCACGAACUCGUCGCUCACUACCUCGCCGCUCAAGACCCUUUCUUUCUCACCUCUGGAAAUCUCGCCGAUCACGACCUCGCCGCUAAAGAUCUCACAUGGAACCUCUGCCAAGGGAGCCACCUCAGCCAACAUCUCUACGUCACGGACCCGACCCCAGGUUUUCCUCACAAUGCCCACGCCCGUCCUGUCUACCAUGAAGACAAAUACAUCCUCUGCGCCGAUUACCGAAAUGGUGUCUUCGCUGGUCACUUCACCUUUUUCGGCCCCUGUCACGUCUCCUCACCAUGCAUCCGUCAACUUGCCGGCUGAGAUCAAACCAGAACCCAAGAGCGAGGACAAUCAGAACAUCUCGGCAUAUGCAUCUGAGGUUGAAGAUCUUACGGGUGGCCAACGCAAGAACAAAGACGUUGGCUCGAUGGCUCCGAAUGCUGCCCCGUUGAAAAAGUCUGUGCUUGCUGUCCCACGCAUCAACAUGGCAUCUCUUAUCAAGAUGGCUCCCAUUGGCGUACCUCUAAUGCAAAUGGCCACGGAUUGCACGUUUCCGAUCAAUGAGGCUAUAACUAGCCAAGCCCCGACUGCAGUCCCUACCAAGCGUACCAAUCCGCUGAUCGACAAUGAUUUGGUUCAGUCCGACGAGAUGGACUGGAAGCCGGACGACAAGGCUGUUUCCAAUAACCAACGUCUUCUUCCAACUAUUCCAGCUGUUCCCGAACAAGCCAAGGCCUUUGUCGAAGACGAGGAAAUGAAAAUAGACGAAUCGGAGGAUGAUGACACGGAUACCGAGAUGGAAGGAUACAUUUUCAAGCCUGUUCAGGGUAUCUACUCUCCGCCUGGGACUCCCCCGCCUGCGUCUUCUGCAACUGUGUCUCAUUCUUCAGAUCAUCAAAUGAUCGAUGCACCGCAGAUUCGCCCAAGUCGGGAUGUUGAGAUGAAAGACAACGAUAACGACCCUCAGGAGGCUGUGAAGAAUCAGACUGCGGGCACCGGGGAUGAAAAAAUGUCGGAUGUCAAGCUCUCAACUCCUGAAGUAUCUUGGAGUCCGCCUACUUGGGAUCCUACUUCUUAUGGAACACCUUCCCUCCCCCCAACAACCCCGACCCAACCCAUCCCCUACUCACUGGAUCCAUCACCAGCGGAACCAGUCGACGAUGAUAGUUCGAAGGAACCUUGGUCGCCGAUCGAGGAGUUACCUGAGGAUGACUUCAUAGAGAAAGCCUUGUCGCUGCCUUCUCCUCGGCUUGCGACGCCCUCGCCCUCGCCCGACCGGCAGGAGCAACCUGAGACUACAGACGAGGAUCGAUCUGCCGAGCUGCCUGAUCCUCCUGUUCUACCUCCUUCGCAGGCUCCGAUACAGCCUCCGGCGCAGUCUUCGGAUCUUCCAGCUGCAGCAAAGCCGAAGAUCAAGAUAAUCUGGAAGAAGAAGACUACGAGCCCAAUGGUUACGCCCAAGCGACCCAAGCCAAAGGUAGAGCAGCCGUAUUCUUCGCCAAGGCCACAACCUGGUAACUCGGGGGCGAUCAAAGUUGAAGCACCAAGAAACUGGAAAACUUCUCUGAUAACGCCUGGAGCCCAACUCAUGGUACAGCCAAUGAGUUCGCUGAAGCCUGUGAUUCAACACAGGACCAAUCUUCCGACAGACGCUCCCAGACCUCUUAGGGAAAGUCAGAAACCAACUGGAACUACUGACGCCGAUUCAGCUGCCACUGCCCCAGCCUCAGAUGCGCCCGGAAAUUCUGCAGAUCGGCCCCCCACGCCUUCACCUCGGCCUGAUGAAUCGCCAAAGGUAGCUCCACUAGCAACUGGCAUCUUGGCCACGCCCUCUGUUAUCCCCGGUCUAUCAUACCCAGCGCCGCCUCCACCAAUGCCUCCGUCGUCGGCCGUUCGCUCAGAGCCACCAAAAACGCCUUUGUCGACUCAGCAGAUCGAGAUCGUCUUAUCGUCCCCUCCGAAGUCACCUUCGCGCGCCCCACAGGAAAUUGGACCAGAUGACUUGGCGGUAUUCGAGGGCAUCGAUGAAUAUCGACCACGCCCCAUGGCAAAGCUUCGUCGGCGGCGAUUGGGAGACGACCAAACGCGCCACGCACAAGCUGUUGAACAUACUCGCAGAAAGCAACAGCUUCAAGAGGAGGAGAAUAAGCUUCGGGCGCGAAUUCUGGCUCGGCCGGUGGCUCCCUUGGUGGCAGCAGUCAUACAUACUCCGCCACCAUCCAUUCGGCUUGUGGCCGACCUCGGCAUGAAAGUCGGGUCGCGGGAAAUAGACCUCGAACUGGAGCGGAGGUUGAGCCCGUUGUGGAACUUGCUUGAUGCUCGCCAGGUUGCACAAUACGGAACGAAGAGCCUGACCCAGCUGGGUCUGAAGCGCUGGAACGAGUUGAUCGUCGACCGGCGCUACAGCCAGCUGGGGAGCAUCAGCCGAAAAGAGUACGAAGGUCUCGUGGACAAGUGGAUGGACGCAUUUGUCACCGAGACUUUGGUUGAACAUCUCAUCGUGCUCAACGACGCCGAGGCACAAGAGGAAAUUAUGAAACCGUGGUUUGCAAUCGUAAGACAAGCCCGCGAACAAGCCGAAUCCUCCUAG